CGACAUCAACCACGCGAAGUCCAAAGAACGAUCUCGUCAGAAUCCUUCUGAAACACCAGGAUUUUUCUCUCGCAAGUACCCUCCGUUAAAAAUGAACGAGAUCCGGAUUCUGGCUCUCCUUCCAUCCAAAAACAGAAAUGCACCGCUACAGGGACGAUUCGAAAUUCACGACCUCGGCAAUGAAAACGAGACCAGUAGCAAGGCUGACCAGAUUGGGUACGAGGCAGUGUUUUACACCAAGACCACCUCUCCUAUGGGAUUCAUAGUCAUAGAGUCUAAUAUUUUCCUCAUCCCUUUGCAUUUGCAACGCGCCCUUUUCCAGUUGCGCCAUACGCAUAAAGAGAGGAGGCUGUGGGCAGAUGCUAUUUGCAUCAAGCUGCCUGACCUUCUAGAACUAACUACACAGAUCCUAUUGUUCCCCCGGAUCUGCAAAGGUGCUACAAAGGCUAUUACGUGGAUAGGCGAA